AUGCAGACGGGCGCUGGGUCGCAUCAGGAGGUGCCUCCAUGUGGGGUUGUACUGCCGUACUGGAUUUGGGAGGUGAGCUCAAUCGGCCUGAAAUGUGCGGCGGCGCGGUCGCGUGCGGGAAGGAGGUGUGGGGAGGAGCGGGCGUCUGAUUUGGAGCGGACUGGUUCGGUCAGGAUGGUGGGGGCGGGGAAGUUCGCCCGGUCCGAUGGCCGGUUCGCUAUGACGUAUGCUAUUGUUACAGUACCUAACGUCACGAUACUACCUGUCAUCUUGCAUCUUACUAUUCCUAGGAUCUCGAUCCCCCGGGUCUUCCUCACUUGGCUGCUCUCGCCUCGCUGCCUCCCCGAGCCGAGGCGAGCGCGGCGGGCGGAGUGGGAGAGGCGGAUGAGGAGGCCGCGGAGGAAGGGGGAGCGCGAGGGGAGGAGCGAUCCGGUGGAGGUGCUCGGGGAGGAGGUGGUGGGGCGGGUGAUGGGGUUCUUGGACGCGCGCUGCGUGGCACGAUGCACCGCGGUGUCCCGCGCAUGGCGCGGGGUCGCCGCCGACGACCGCCUCUGGGCACCCAAGUGUGCUCAACUGAUGGCAGCAAAGGCACAUAUUCCUCGUUUGACAUUGAUCCACACUGGAUCGAAGCUAUCUACUUAUUCAAUGGCCGUCAUGGAUGGCAAACGGAGUCGGGUCACAAAAGAGGAUCUCUGCGAUCAUGCAUGGGAAUAUCGUUUCACUAUAGCAGCACCAGAGUACUGGAGAAACCUUGACCCAUCAUGGAAGCACACCGGUCCACCUAUGCGACGGUACUUCCAGCCUGAUGGCUACCACAGUGCAGACCCUCAUGAUGCCGUGUGGGGUGGCCACGAGUGCACAUACACAGUCAUAACAAGCUUUGUCGGUAACGAGAGAAUCAGGGAACACUACGUGAGGAUCAACCGGUGGCCACUGAUGAAGGUGUCGAGGAAGGACGACUGGAGCUGGGAGCUGUCGAACCACCUCUACCGCUAUAACAGCAUCCCUGAUGCUGACAAGAAAGGAUGCACAGGUCCUCUGUUCCCGGUUUGGUGAAUACGCUUCUAUGAUGAUAAAUCAGCUCUCAUGAUACUGCCAAUUGCUUCUGACGGCCGGUAAUGUGGCAGCAAGAUGUUAUGUUUGGCAGCUGUGAGCUCCUAUGAAUGCCAACGUAGGUUAAGCACUCGAAGCACCUGUACCAAAAUAUGUGCGUGUAUGACAUAGUGGUUCCGCGAUUCAAGGGUGAUGACAAGCCCUUCUACUACUAGUUUGGUAUUUUGUUGAACUUGUUGGUUUGUAUAAUAGCCUGAACUUCUACGUACGUGUGGCGAAUGGAAGCCUUUUGUGUUGCAACAUAUGUAAUAAUGCAAUGCCGUGUGCUGUUUAUCCUUA